CUCCGUUCGGAGCGGCAGUCGGGAAUCAGCGAGUGCACGCGCUUGGACUUCAGUGUCGGAGCAACUGGUCCACGUCGUAAAGCCGCGACAAAAAAGCACGUCAAAGGAAUGUAAUCUCCGUACGAAUGACCGAUCUUUUACCCGUCUACGACGCGCUUCAAUUCAGACUUUCUCUAUUGUCCACGUGAUCACUGGACAGGCGCGUAUUGGCAGCUGUUGAGAAACAUCCAAAGAGGCCGAAGACCAGGCUUCUGUAAUCGAUGGGUUGAGAACGCAAAAUUCGUGCUUUUCAGCUUUUCUCUUUUCUCGUAACCAAGGUGUAUCGCUUACCGAUGAGCCAUGCUGAAGGUAGUAGGAGCCUCUUGGCUGCAGACACGCAUCUCUACUUACAUAUUACUCGCCGUAGCUUUGCUAGGAAUUGGAGCUAUAAUCCUCGGCGAAUUCGGACAUGUUGAACAAGAUGGAACAUAUUCAGCUACUGUAUUAUGGAACCGCAAAGGAGGAUACCGUAUUGACUUUUGGGGCCAAGGCAACGAUCUAACCGCCGUUCCAUUGCAUGCGGCUCGAGCGUACUAUAAAACCGGAAUUUUCGAGCAUGGGUGGUCAUACAUUGAAAUCGAAACAUCAUCGAAGUAUCCGGACACAGUGCAAGCAUACGCUGCUGGACUUCUGGAAGGAAGUUUGACUUGGCAAUUAAUUCAUCAUCAUUGGUACAACACCAUAAGACCAGAAUGCGAAGCGAAACCUGUGGAGUGCCAAAAGUUGACACGGUAUCUUCGAGAUAAUACCGCUAUCAUUCGCGAACGCGCUGAACUCAUGGAAUCCACGGAUCCAUUUUGGCAUAUGGUACGAUUAUUUUAUACACAAUUGGAUGGCAUGGAAGCUGGCUGGAAAUUUGCUGUACGACGAAGCCGCGUGUCGGUUUCGCUUGAAUCAGAAGAUUUCUUAUGGCUAGCUUUGGGAUCCGAUUUAUCUGGUCUUCUACAAGCUUUUAAUAUUUCUGGUCCGCCCAUGAGUUCUUCCAUCUUUUUUAAAUCGUUUCCAAGAGAUCAUUUGGAACCUUUGGUCGCAGUUGGUCAUAACACUGCGGCAUCAUACACUCAAAUGUUGAGACUUUUAAAAAAAUACACAUUUGGCUAUCAUGUAUUACCUGCAAUAAAAACUGCCGCACUCGUUCCGAGUAGAACAAUCGUAAUGUCUUCCUAUCCGGGGUCAUUAUCGUCCCGAGACGAAUUUUAUAUGGUGCAGGGAGGAAAUCGUGAACUGGUUGUUACCGGAACAUCUAUGGUUUCAACGAAUUGGAGUCAUUGGAACUUUUUACACUCCAAGGAUCAUGUAAUGCUAACCGUAAGAGUAAUGACAGCAAAUCGAUUGGCAACGAGUGGUCAAUCUUGGUUCAAUACUUUAUCUCAUCAAAAUGGCGGUGCUUCUGCUUUACAAUGGAUUAUUUUUGAACCACGUUCAACGACAAUGCUGUUAGUCGAACAAUUACCAACCGUAACUGUUGCAAUGAAUUACACAGAGGAGUUUAAGAAAACAGGUUUUAUAUUCUGUGUCGGUGUGUCAAAGUUUCAGAAUAUCAAUGACACCGUACAACAUGCCAAGAAGGAUGUGAACGAUUCGAUGAUUCGUUUAGCACGUAUACAAGGAAAUAUUACUACGUUAGAACAAUUUCAAAACAUGAUGCGUGGGUGCAGCCAAGAAGAUUGCACUGCCAGGGAAACUAAUUUCAAUACAGAUCAGUUGCAGGCAUUAACUUACCGAGGAGAUCUAGAGGAUGUCCCUUUACCAUAUGGUGUUAUAGAUACCAAAAUUUUAGUAACCAAUAUUGAUGGCUUCGAAAACUUUGAAGCUACUUCUGGACCAAUUACAUCACAAUCACGAACCCCUUUUAAAUGGUCUGCAACUUUUCCUAAUAUAUCACAUAUAGGACAUCCAGACACUUUCGAAUUCGAAAGUGUUACACCCAGAUGGGUCUGGAUUUAAUUAAUAAUAUUAACACAUUAUAAAUCUUUAAAAGUUUUUAAGCAAUAUGUACAAAUUUGACAUUCAAUCAAUUCGUUGCAACUGGAUUUUACAAUUUUUAAACAAAAUUUUUAAUAGCAUUAUUAAAUCUUUUAUUAAUUAGCUGGCUCAUAUGUUAGCCACCUAUGGUGAGAUUUUAUAAAAUAAAGUUAAAAGAUAAAAAAUCUUUUUUUUUAC